UAUUACUUCUCUGAUAAUCAUAAUUAACAUUGAUCACCAUGUACUCCUGUCCUCCUAUGCCAUCUGCACCCUGUCCUCCACCAUGUCCACCUCCUCAGCCAUCGUCUGGGGAUUCUUCAUCAAAAUAUUACCGAGAAAUUGGAACAGCCAUGAUUGGUAACCAACUGAUAAUUCGUAUAGAAAGAGACAAGUCGAAAUCGAAGAGAAAUCGAGACUGGGAUCCUCCUUGCGAUUGUGAUAUGAUUGAGAUCCAGAGACCAACGAAUAAGGAAGGACCAAAGAUACUGAAAGGCGGCAAUAACAAUAGAAUCGUGUUUCGUAUACAAUCCAAGUCACAAAUAUCGAAAAAAACUGAUAACGAUGACAAGGCUCAAGCCAUUACUUAUGAGAUGGGUCGGUGCAGUGGUGGUCCCAACACUAAUGAUCAGUGUAGAACUUUCACUAUUUAUCCUGUGAUGAAUAGUUCAACAGACGCGCAGGAAGUACAUACAGAUCGUGUUACUGAAGGAAAUGAAAAUGUGUUCAUGUUGAAAGUGAAGAAGAAGACAGAUUCCAUCGAGGAGCCGAAGAACAACAUCGAAGUAGAGGUUCGAACACCGAUACCUCCAACUCCGCCAUCAACGUGACCAGGAAGACUUAUCAGUAAAAUGAUUUACAUUUACCAUUUUUGUAAAAUUAUGACUUGUUAUGUCAUAAUUCGAUCGAGGAGCCGAAGAAGAACUUCGAUGCUGAGAUUUGAACACCAAGAUUUGCAACUUCGCUAUCAACGUGACCAGGAUCAACGCAAUCUGGAAUAUUUAUCAGUAGAAUCUACAUCUUUAAAAGAAAAUCAGAAGAAAGAAAAUGAAAUUGAUUAAAAACAAAUAUAAUCUCUUUCCAUUAUCAUUAAAUCUUCAAGGCAACAUAUUAACGUCGUA